AUGGCUCGUCAACAUACUACACCGGCGGUUGACGUGCACCCGCUGCGCCACACCACCGACGCUGCUGUCAACCCCAUCGUGGACCAACCCCAAGAGAAGCUGGCACGGGAAACUGCAGAGAAAUCAGCACGGGCAGAUCCCGAGACAACUUCCUCCGCCACCGCCAUCCUCUACCUCUACCUCGACUUUGACACGCCUCUGCCCGAGCCGCCGCAACGCGCCGGGCCUGGGGUGCCGCCAUGCCCCGACCUGCGCGCCUACACAUCGCCACUCCUAUGGAGCCCCGCGCGCAAGAGCGUGCUGCUCAUCCUCUCCUGCCUGGCCACUUUUCUCACCGCGUACACGGCGGGCGCCUACGCGCCCCCGGCCAGCCUCAUGGCGCGCGACUUCCGCACCACCCGCACCGCCGUCAUGGCCGGCAUCACCACCUUUUGCCUCGGCUUCGGGCUCGCGCCCAUGGCCCUCGCGCCCCUGUCCGAGGCCUGGGGCCGGUACCCCAUCAUUGUCACUGCCGGCGGCGUCUACCUCGUCUUCCAGGCGCUCUGCGCCGUCAUGCCGCACGUCGCCGGCAUGCUCGUCUGCCGCCUGUUUGUCGGCGCCGGCGCGUCCGUGUUCAGCGCCGUCGUCGGUGGCGUCAUCGCGGACCUCUGGGGAAAAGAGGACCGCAAUACGCCCAUGGCGCUGUUUAGCGGCUCCGUGCUGCUCGGCACCGGGGCCGGGCCGCUCGUGUCGGCGGCGCUGGUGAGCAUCAUCAAGGACCGCACGAGGGCGUGGCAGUGGACGUUUUGGCACCAGGUGAUCAUGGACGCGGUCCUCAUGGGCUUCCUGGUCGUCUUUUUCAACGAGAGCCGCGCGUCGGUGUUGCUCACUCGCAAGGCCAAGAUAUUGAAUGACUGGUACGAAAAGUUGGAACGGGCCGGCGUCUACGGCGUCUGGAUCUCCUUGGAAACUGUCAGCGUGGUGUCCUCGUCCGAAGUGCGGCUGUCUCGACGCCGCGGUUCAGAGUCGGACGGCUCGGUCUGUGAUGGGGAGACGCGCACACAGUCCCCAGAGCUCCGUCGCGUUCGCUGGGUCGUCAAGGCUGACGAGCUGCGGCCUACCCUCAAAGAGCUGGUCACGACCUCCAUCCGACGGCCUUUUGCGCUCCUAUUCACAGAGCCGGUCGUUUUCUGCUUUUCUUUGUGGGCGGCGUUUUCCUGGGGCGUCCUGUACCUGUCCUUUUCCGUCGUGCCGUUCCUUUACAACGGAGACCUGGACAAGUCCAGUCGCGUGUACAUUGCCAUGAUGGCCGCGACCGCCGUUGCCACGCUCACCGGCGUGUUCCAGGAGCAGCUCCUGAAACACCCAUCCUGGAGGAGCCUCGAGGCCGGCGGCCGUCCCACCGCCUCUCCGUUCUGGCAGAUGAUGCGCCGCCGGUUUCCCGCCGAGGCUCCCGAGUCGCGACUCUACUUUGCCUGCGUCACGGCCUUGUUCCUACCCGCCGGCCUGUUUGUCGGCUUCCUCUGCCCAGACAGCUGGAAGGCCUACGCGCAGGCCAUUGGUCUCGGCUUCGCCCUCUGGGGCAUCUACUCCGUCUACCUCGCCACCUUCAACUACCUCGCCGACACCUACCACGCUUACGCCUCAUCGGCGCUCGCGGCGCAGAGCCUUUGUCGAAACCUGCUCGGCGGCGUGUUCCCACUCAUUGCCACGCCUCUGUUUCGCAAUCUGGGCACGCGCGCGGCGGGUGGCCUACUUGGCGGCAUUGGUACUGCGUUGACUGUCAUUCCAUGGGUGCUCGUCUUCUUUGGACAGCGAAUCCGCGCACGGAGUAAAAUCGCGAUAUCUCUUGAAAAGUCAUAG